CGGAUCAAUAAAUAAAGUUUUUCCAACUCGUCUCGAACGUUAACUCUCGAAAUUCGUUGUGUUUUUGACAAGUGAUUGUUUAUAUAUUUAUUUAAAAACUCCCCAACGAUGAUAUUAGAUCAUUUCACAGGAAAAUUAUUUAUAAUUUCGUUAUCGUUCAUCGUGAUUUCAUUCGGUGUUGACUUAAAAUUAAAUUUUUUACCAAUCAACGGAUUAAUUUUAAUAUCGUACAUCUUAUUCAUUUUUUCUUUAACAUUAUGGGUGACUUCGAAAUUAAUUCGAAAAGUUUUGAUACAAAACAAACCGAUCGUUUACGAUUUCGAGCAAAACCCAUUUUUAAAAUACACAAAAAUCGGAUUUGUUUAUUUACAAAACGGGCUUUUAUUCAAAUCAAAAGAGAUUAAAGAAAGUGAUGCGAUGUUUAAAGAAGAUUUUAAAAAGAUUAAAAGUAUUGAUGAGAGGAUUGACGAUUUUACUGAUGACGUUGAAAUUUUAAUUAAAAAGUGGUUUCUUUUUAUAAGUAAGGAUGAAACUUUUUUGAAUGAAACCAAAAAUUUGGUUGAUGAGAUUUUGCGGAGGUUUUUGCAAGUUUUAAUUGAUGUUGAUAGCAAGAAAUUUUUACAUGGUGUUUUGGUGAUUUUUUUGAACCAUGUUAAGGAGUAUCAAAAGGCUGUUCGGAGGCAAAAGAAAAAAUUUGGAUCAAUUGAAGAGCUUUAUAGGUAUGCAACCAAAUUUGCACGUGUCAUAGUAUAAGAUAUGUGACCCAAUACACAAUACGCCUUAUUG